UCUCCAGUCAAGUGAAGAAACAAGUGUAUGAAGAACAGUUUAGUGUAUCCUCAGCCUGCCCCUUCAUUAGGAGUUGGAUUACAGUGGCCAUGAUUUGCUCAUUAUAAUGACCAAUGAAUGGUUCACCUCAAAGUUCAGUGCCAUGUGAUAUCAUAGCAGUUUGAUUAACAGCUGUUGAUUCUUGAACACACCCCUGAAGUUGCGUUUGGUCCAUAAAUUUUCACCCAAAGUCGUUGGUUCAACCACAGAUGGUGCGGUCCGUCCAAAAGCCAGCCAAUAGCAUCAAGCGUUGUCAUCGUAGAGAAGGAAAAAAAGAGUCCUGACAGUCGCCAUGAUGCUUGUUUUCUCCCUGUGAUACAGCAGCGGAAACGAGUGAAGCAAGUAGAAACAAAAGAGCACGCACACGUCCUCGCGAGUUGGUAUGCGUUUGCAGGUAAAAUAUCAACACAAGCGACGAGUUUAUUUGGAUGAGACAGAUCCACAACUCAUGUUUCAAAUUACUACUGCGUGGAUAUUACCUUACCUGGCCAUAUGAAGUCGGACAGUGUUACAGCAGGAAUGCCCAAAGAAAAAUAUGACCCGCCAGACCCCAGGCGUAUGUACACCAUCAUGUCAACUGAGGAGGCAGCCAAUGGAAAGAAGUCUUACUGGCCUGAGCUGGAAAUCACUGGUAAUGUCAGGAGCCUGAGCCCGUCUCUGUGGACUCUGACCCACCUCACUGCCCUACACAUCGCUGACAACUGUCUGUCGCGCAUCCCACCCGACAUUGCCAAACUACACAACCUGUUGUACCUGGAUCUAUCGUCCAAUAAGAUCAGGAGCCUGCCGGCAGAGCUCGGCAACAUGGUGUCUCUCAGGGAACUGCUUUUAAAUAACAACCAGUUGCGGGUUCUGCCAUUUGAAUUGGGGAAACUGUUUCAGUUACAAACACUGGGGUUGAAAGGAAACCCUCUUGCACAAGAAAUCAUGAGCCUGUACCAGGAGCAUGAUGGCACCAGGAAACUGCUCAACUACCUGCUGGACAAUCUGGCAGGUUCAAUCAAAUGCACCCCCACAGAGCAGCCCCCGUCCCGGUCGUGGAUCGCACUUCAGGAGCCUGACCAGACGAGGCCUUCUGCAUUGUUCUCUGUUAUGUGCUACAACGUGCUGUGUGAUAAGUAUGCCACACGCCAGCUCUACGGCUACUGCCCCUCCUGGGCCCUCAACUGGGAGUACAGGAAGAAGUCCAUCAUGCAGGAGAUCAUGAACUGCAGCGCUGACAUCAUCAGCCUACAGGAAGUGGAGACAGAGCAGUACUACCAGUACUUCCUGCCAGAGCUGAAGGAGCAGGGCUAUGAGGGCUUCUUCAGCCCCAAGUCUCGAGCCAGAACCAUGCAUGAGUCUGACCGCAAACAUGUGGACGGGUGCGCAGUAUUCUACAGGACAGAAAAGUUCAGCGUGGUGCAGAAGCACACGGUGGAGUUUAACCAGCUAGCCAUGGCUAACUCUGAGGGCUCUGAGGCCAUGCUCAACAGGGUCAUGACCAAGGACAACAUCGGAGUGGCCGUACUGCUGGAGGUCCGCAAGGAGAUGAUGGAGGAAUCCUCGGGAAAGUCUCUGCACGGCAUGGAGAAACAGCUCCUACUGGUGGCCAAUGCCCACAUGCACUGGGACCCGGAGUACUCUGACGUAAAGCUGGUCCAGACCAUGAUGUUCCUGUCUGAGGUGAAGAACAUCGUGGACAAGGCCACGCGCAGCCUCAAACUCUCCUCUGUCUCUGGGGAGACCAACAGCAUCCCUCUAGUGCUUUGUGCUGACCUCAACUCUCUACCAGACUCUGGCGUGGUGGAGUACCUGAGUCAAGGUGGAGUGGACUGCACCCACAAGGACUUCAAGGAGUUGCGCUACCUCGACAGCCUCACCAACUUUAACUGCAACGGCAAGAACGGGAACUCCACGUCCAACUCCAGGAUCACCCACGGCUUCAAGCUGAAGAGCGCCUACGAGGACAGCCUGAUGCCUUACACCAACUACACCUUCGACUUCAAGGGUGUGAUUGACUACAUCUUCUACUCCAAGCCUCAGCUCAACGUGUUGGGCAUCCUGGGUCCCCUAGACUCCAACUGGCUCCAUGAGAACAGUAUCAGCGGCUGUCCGCACCCCCACAUCCCUUCUGACCACUUCUCCCUGUUCACCCAGCUGGAGCUGCUGCUGCCCAGCACCCUGCCCCAGGGCCAGGUCAACAACCAGGUCAACGGCAUCCACCUACCUGGAGGCCGCAGGUAGUCGUGAGACACCACCGAGGGGAGGGGGGCGCUGUAAUUUGGUUUUCAGCCUCUCCCUCAUUGCCUCUUCUUCAAACUGAAGGAGCAAGACAAGACAGGCAACCAUCCUGUUAAAAAAUAAUCAGCCGUACAGUGAGGUCUGGCUGACAGGGAUUUCUGUUAUUAUAGAUAUAUAUUUUUUAUUUUCCUUGUUUUCAUUUUGAUAAUGCUAAAGUAAAUCCUGUCUGUCCAUUAUAUUAUCUUGUGUUUUAGAUCCCCCUGUCAUUCUUACCCAUAAUGCUUUUGUAACUCCUUAACAGAUAAAGGAUGGUAGCAUCCAAUCUCACAAUAUCCCCUUGGCCCAUUAUAGGUAUUGAGAUACAUUUUUAGCAAUACCAGCAGACUCUUGUUGACUUUGACAUGACCUGUGCAGUCUUGAACAAUGGCACAAGAAAAUCUGUCACUUGAGAGCUGUGGACACUCUUCACGAGGCAAGGAGAGAAAGGACACCACUUCUCAAUUUGAGCUGAUGGUCUGUCCUAUACCAAUCUCAAACCAGCAAAAACCGUGUUAGACUGGUCGGUCUCACUCUCCCUACCAGCCAAGACUCGGUGGGCCUUCGCUUCUCUCUCCCCUGGACUCAAUGUGAUGGUACUUUAGAUAUCUACCAUAUAUCUGGAGCAUCCCAUAGGAGAGAGUAGCGCUCCUCCCCUCUGCUACAGGGCCCAUCUCUGUUGGUCUACUAGUGUGGUGCUCACCUGGUGCUACCAGUCCUCUGCAUUGACUAAUAUAACUCAGUCCAUUGUCUCCCUAUCCAAGUGGUGCAAUAGAAACUAACCCCACUGGUGCAUUAAGACUCACUGUUGAGAUUUUUAGACGUGUUAUCCUUCAGGCCACCAAAUACACUUGUCUGGACCCGCGUGUGGCAAGCUUAGCUCUAGUUAGCGCAGGUUUGUCGGCUUGCCGGUCAGGCAUAGUGCUAGAAACGCAUCUGGAUUCUCUGGACUGAAACCAAAUUUUGUGAUUUUAGUUGCAUAACAUGUGGCAAUCCCUUUUUGCACACUACCUCCUGUUUGUGUACGCAUCCAUUUUCUUGUUCAUGAUUUCGUUUGGACCAGUUACCACCUUUCGUAAUAGGGAAUGGGGUUUUGUCUGAGGGGCAAUGGGAUGGGGAAUUGUUAACAAAUUUCACUUAGUUUGUUACUUUUUAAGCAGAGGGAGGUCACUAGCUGAUUUGCAGGAGUUUAAACCAGCAAUCCUCUCACGGUCACACACCGAUCUUGUAGCGCUGUCUCUUGAGGCCAGUAGUGACUUUCCCCCAGCCAUAAAUUCCGUACUCUACAGCAGUGGGGUUUUUCCACCAGUGUUUGUACAGAAUAUAAAUGUAGAUUCAGUCUUUACAUGAUUGUAUAUGAGCCACUAAAGACCUGUUUUCUGGCGGUUUUUGUACUGAUCUGGUUUGAGGAAAAUACAGGAUUGUAUUGUAAACUAUGACUACAUUUUUAUCCAUGAAAUGUUAAGAAAUUCAAAUUACCAGCUUGUACAAAAGACGUAAGGGGUUGUUCUGGGCGUUCACCCCCCGUUUAACUGUUUUGAUGUAUCAGUAUUGAUUGGUUUCCUGCUGUCGUUUUGAUUUGAGGGCAUGUUGCUCAGGUUGUAAAUAGAUCUACUGACGAAACCUCCUGAUGCUUCUCACCCAUUCUAUUAAUAAGCCUUCCUGCCACCAACCUAACCUACCCAUUCAUCCAUUCACAGUUCAGGCCAUAGUAACACCAAGGCCCGUAUCCACAAAAGCCUACGAGUGGGACUGCUGAUCUAGGAUCUGUCCAUGUUAUUCAUUAUGAUCUAAAAGACACAACUGAUCCUUACUCUGAGACACUUUGUGGAUACCAAUAACACCCUAUUCCCUUUAGUGUACUACUGUUGACCAGUCCUGUGGCUCUGGUCUCGAGUGUACUACAUGGGGAAACAGGGUGUCAUUUCAGAUUUGUCCUAAGAGGGAUUUCACAUCACACCUCCUAUCCCAUAAUUCCAGUGUUGUACAACCGGAACAUUGUGCCUCACCGUCGCAGUUUGUAGUCUUGCACUAUUUACAAUUGGCAAACGCCGGAACAACCUCUUCGGUUUAUUUUUAAAUACUGUGGAGACAUUUGUGAAGAUUUGAUGUGCUUUUGGCUUAUGUUAGGGAUAUUCUUUUUUGUAUGAGCUGUGAGCAUGUUAUGGGGUGUGUGUGUGUAUCUCUCCUCCUGGGUGAGCCAUCUAGUAAUCAGGUAUGGAAUAUUAGUCUUUUUUUCUGGGGCAAAGCAAAGACCUCUUGUAAAGCCCCCUCAGUUCCAUAAUGUUUUUCACCCUCCUUGUACUCUGGAACCCUCCUAGAACCCCUUUAUUGUUCCCUAUCCCCAUAGCCACCUAGCCUCUCUUGACCCUGCCCCGGCCUCCACCACGGAUCUGAAUUCUGAAUCUACAAAAGCAUGUUCCCCUAUAACCCCCAGUUCCAUGUCAUACCCCCUUAACGGUCAAGUGUAUUCCUUUAGUCCUGUCUUUUUAACCCCUCUACUGAAGCCCCUGUAUGGUUCCAGCCACUCUGGUACCAUCUGUAGGGCAGGCUGUCAGGUGGCCCACACAGACAUGUUGCUGUUAUCUAUCUGUUUUAUCACCGGGACCAAAACAUGAAAUAUGUCAAUAGUGACUGACACUUGCAACUGUCACAUUUUUAACAGGAAAUGUAAUGAUGCACACUUAUGAUAGUUGCCCUGUCUAGCCCACAAUUUGUCAAUUAAAUAAAAUAUGAUCACCUUUUAAAGUAAAUAUGAUACUGAAGCCACUGUGCUAAAGUUAGCAUUUUAUGAAUUUUUACAGAGGAAAAAGAUUGAAAUAUUAAUGUCCUUGUUUGAAAGCUGUUUUCAGUCCCUACUUUCCCCAUUUGUUUUGAACAGAAACCAAUGUCUGGUUUGAUAACCCUGAAUUGCUGAUACUGUUGUAGUAGCUUUUUUGUAAAGUGUGAAUAAAAUAUGUAUCAUGUUUCCUUUCUAAAA